UGAGGGGUCUUGAGGUGACAGCGCCUGCAUCGGCGACUCCAGAAGGAGGAGGAGAAGAUGGACAAGAGGAAGCUCGGGCGACGGCGAUCUUCAUCCGAAAUUGUCACAGAAGGAAAAAGGAAAAAGUCUUCGACUUCUGAUUUACAUGAGUUUCAGAUAAGAAAGAUGUUAAAUGCAAAACCAGAGGAUGUUCAUUUUCAAUCACCACUGUCCAAAUUUGGAAGCUCAGAACACUGGAAUCUCCCUUUGCAGGGGUGGAAAAGAAGCCUAAGAAAUAAAGUCAUCUCUCUAGACCAUAAAAAUAAAAAAGGUGUCCGUGGGCAUCCCGUUGCUUCUAAGGCAUCACCAGAAAGGCAACUCAAAGUUAUGUUGACGAAUGUCCUAUGGACGGAUUUAGGACGAAAAUUCAGAAAGACCCUACCUAGAAACGAUGCUAAUUUAUGUGAUGCCAACAAGGUGCAAUCAGACUCAUUGCCUUCGACAUCUGUUGACAGCCUAGAGACAUGUCAAAAAUUAGAACCUCUUCACCAAAGCCUUAAUUUAUCUGAAAGGAUACCCAGAAUUAUAUUGACGAAUGUCCUGGGAACGGAGUUAGGAAGAAAAUACAUAAAGAUCCCACCUGUAACUGAGGCCAGUUUGAAUGAUACAGACAACUUGCAAUCAGAGCUACUUUCUUCAUCAUCUGAUGGCAGCCUAGAAUCUUGUCAAAAUCUAAAUCCUCACAAGAGCUGUUUUUUAUCUGAAAGGGGUUUACAACCAAGUAAGACAGUAGAUAACAGUUCUGCAAAGCAGGCUGCACACAGUAAAGAAGAGCGAAGAGGUGAUGAUGACAUUUCUCUUGUAAUGUCUGACACUCGGCCUGAAGACCUUAGCAGUGGAAGUAGAGGUUGUGAUCAUCUUGCAGAAAGGAGCAGAAAGAAGAAUGUUAUAUAUUCUGAUUCAAAAAUGGAACCCACUCAGACUUCCAGGAAGACAAAGAAAAGGCUUAGAAGUAAUUUACCUGAUUCUCAUAAUUCUACUUCUUAUUUGGAUAAGUCAACAGAACAGACGAAAGAACAAGAAAAUGAUUCAACAGUAUGCAUUGAGUGUGAAAAGUCAAAUGAAAAUUAUCAUCAGGACCCAAAACUGCUUGAAGAAAUUACAUCUGAACCUAUGGAAAAUGAUUUUACUGAACUAUCUUCAUAUAAUAGUGAUGAGUUGGCAUUGAGUGGUGCCUCCAAAUGUGCCUCUGCCUGUUCAACCACUGGAACUUUUGAGAGCUCUAUUUCCAGUGAUACUGUGGGAAUUUCUCACCUGGUUGAGAAGGAGGAGAAUGAGUUGAAUACAGUAGAAAAGGCUAUUCUAAGUGUACACAAUGAAGGGAACCAAUCAUUGAUCUCAGCUGAACCAAUUGUUGUUUCCAGUGAUGAAGAAGGGCCUGUUGAACAUAAAAGUCCAGAAAUUCUUAAAUUACAACCUAAGCAAGACCAUGAGAUCAAUAAUGAAAAUGAGAGUACUUCUGAAUCAGCAUUGUUGGAACUACCAUUGGUUACAUGUGACUCUGUACAGGUAUCAUCUGAAUUAUGUCCAUAUAAUCCUGUCAUGGAAAACAUUUCCUGUAUUAUACCUAGUAAUGAGACAGAUCUACAACUGGAUUUUAUAUUUACUUCUGUUUAUAUUGGUAAAAUAAAAGGAGCUUCUAAAGGUUGUGUUACAUUCACAACAAAAUAUGUUAAGAUCCCAUUUCAAGUGUCCCUGAAUGAGGUUUCAUUGCUAGUGGAUACCACACAUUUAAAGAGGUUUGGGUUAUGGAAAAGUAACGAUGAUGAUCACAGUAAAAGGAAUCAUGCUAUCCUUUUCCUCUGGGUCUCCUCAAAUUAUCUUCAAGAGAUUGAGACUCAAUUAGAAAACUCUAUAUUAAGCCAGCAAUCAAAAUCCAGUGAAUUCAUUUUUCUCGAGCUACACAAUUCUAUUUCACAAAGAGAAGAAUUGAAAUUGAAAGAUAUUAUGAUGGAAAUAAGUACGACUAAUGGAGAAUUGGAACUUUCUUAUCCAUUGUCUUGGGUUCAGGCACUUCCUUUGUUUCAGAACCUCUCUUCAAAAGAAAGUUCUUUUAUUCAUUAUUACUGUGCUUCAACUUGUUCUUUCCCUGCUGCUGCUGAAGAAGUGAAGGUGAAAUCAGUAUCUCAGCCCUCAAAUACAGAUGCAGCCAAGCCUAGUUACACCUUCCUGCAGAAGCAAAGUAGUGGUUGCUACUCGCUUUCUAUUACAUCAAAUCCAGAUGAAGAAUGGCGUGAAGUCAGGCACACUGGACCUGUUCAGAAGUUGAUUGUAUAUCCUCCACCACCUACUAAGGGGGGAUUAGGAGUAACUAAUGAAGAUCUAGAGUGUUUAGAAGAAGGAGAGUUCCUUAAUGAUGUAAUCAUUGAUUUUUACCUUAAGUAUCUUAUACUGGAGAAGGCAUCAGAUGAACUUGUUGAACGGAGUCACAUUUUUAGUAGCUUUUUCUAUAAAUGCUUGACAAGAAAGGAAAAUAAUUUAACAGAAGAUAAUCCAAACCUUUCAAUGGCCCAGAGAAGACAUAAAAGAGUGAGAACAUGGACUCGUCACAUAAACAUUUUUAAUAAAGACUACAUCUUUGUACCUGUAAAUGAGUCGUCUCACUGGUAUCUUGCAGUCAUUUGUUUUCCAUGGUUAGAAGAAGCUGUGUAUGAAGAUUAUCCACAAACUGUAUCCCAGCAGUGCCAGGCUCAGCAAUCCCAACAUGACAACAAAACAUUAGAUAAUGAUCUACAUACUCCUUCAACACUAUCCUUGAGUGCAGAGGAUUCCCAAAGUACUGAGAUGAAGAUGUCAGUACCAAAGAAAAUGUGUAAAAGGCCAUGCAUUCUCAUAUUAGACUCCUUGAAAGCUGCUUCUAUACAAAACACAGUUCAGAAUUUACGAGAGUAUCUAGAGGUAGAGUGGGAAGUUAAAAGAAAAACUCACCGUGAAUUCAGCAAAACAAACAUGGUGGACCUAUGCCCUAAAGUUCCUAAACAGGAUAAUAGCAGUGAUUGUGGAGUAUAUUUAUUACAGUAUGUGGAAAGCUUCUUCAAGGAUCCUAUUGUUAACUUUGAACUUCCAAUUCAUUUGGAGAAAUGGUUUCCUCGUCAUGUAAUAAAGACCAAACGGGAAGAUAUUCGAGAGCUCAUUUUGAAACUUCAUUUACAGCAACAGAAGGGCAGCAAUAGCUAGUUAAUCUGUACAAACAUGACACAGAUAUUCUCUAAGAUUACUGGAAAGCCUCUUACCAGCAUUUGUGUUAACCAGCUCAAAGAGAAGAAAAUAACUUGCAGUAGUUUUAUAAGUCAUUGAACAUUAUUUAAAAUAUAUAAGAUAUAUUAUUAGAAUUGUUGGAAUCUCAUAGAUGCAGUGGGAGUGGAGAUUGAUGUAGAUAAACUUAUUAGAAAUUAAAAUUUCAUAAAUAUUUGAUAUUUUUCUGAGUAAAUAUGCUUGGAUUAUGCAAUAGUAUAUGUAAUGUGGGAAUGUUUUUGUAGAUAAUAAAACUAUGUGACCUGUACUUCCACAUGACUGGGUGUUGAGGGAGUUAGGUUCUCCCUGGUGCCAGCCCUAGUGCUUGUCAAAUUUGUUGACAAGUCAUAUUAUAUUGUAAUUCUCUUCUUUGCAGCUCAAGCAUGCAGUAUGAAUACUGUGUAUUUUUUUUUUAAGAAUUUAAUAUCAAGGCUUCAGAAAAUGCCAUUUACGGCAUCCCUUCUGUAUGUUGUAAAAAAAAGACAUUCAUAAUGUUAGGAAGAUGAUUAAAAACUCACUCUUUCAAAGCGCAGCUUAUUCUCAAUUGCUAAAUGCAAUUACUAUACUCUAAUUGUUUUUUUCCAUUUCUUUUGAUGUCAUAGGUGGGGAUUUGAGAAUUUAGUUCAUUUGUUCUGGGUAAAAUUUUGAACUAAAAGUUUAGCUGUUCAGUGUAGGUUUUUAAAAAUUGUAUAUAUAGUUCAAUUUUAUUUGAGGUAUACCAAUAUAAAUAUUUACUCCUACAUUAUCCCAGAAUAUAUGUACACAGUUUUUAUAAGUACAGAAGAUACAAUUGGUGUUCUCAUAAAUGUAACAAAAAGAAAACCCUCAAAGUUCUAUUUAUUACUUGUUACAACUAAAUAUAUAAUUAUAAAGCUCAGUUUACCCAGUAUUCAUCUGCAAAGCCAGAUUGCUCUCAUUGCUUUUAUAUUUUUAAAUUAUGUUUUUUUAAGAAACCCAUGGCCCUAUGGAGCUUAAUUUUUUAAUUAAAUAUUCAGGUAACAGUUCUACUGAAUUCAUGUGAUUAUGGUGGUAUAUAUGAUUAAAUACUUCAGAACCUUCUAAUGUUAUCAGUAAUAUUUUGAAGGAGACAUGAUUAUAUUGUAUUUUCUCAGAUAAGAAAAAUGUUUUUUAAGAAUAUUAUUUUAAUCUUCUGUUUCAAGCAUCUCUUGGAUUUACAUCAUGUAACGUAAGUAAAGCAGUGAAGCGAAGGUAACUUAAGAUAAAGCUAAAAAGUCUGAACCUUUUAUAUUAAAAUCAUGUGAAUUGAAAUUUUCUGUUAAGCCUCAGUGUCCUUAGCUUUUGUUAAUCUUGUCACCAUCUUUAUAUCAUUAAAGAUAUUCGUGUUUUGGAGAUUUCAUAUAAAGAUGGUUAUAAUGUAUUUCAUUCCCAAUUUGUGUGUGUUUGGGAGAUACUUUUAGGUGACUAUUAAUUGUUUUGUACUUCUAAUUUAGGGAAAGCAAAAGACAUCUUGUGAUUUCUUAACUUUUUU